AUGGGUGUCGAACUGGCGACCUGCGGAGCGGUAGUCGCCUCAGUCGUCACCCUGCUACUAUCGCUAGCGGCUAUUUAUUCGCUACAAUCCGAAAUCUCCUCCAUGUGGUUCGAAUUGGACGCGGAAAUAGACAAGUUUAAGUACCUCACGAACGACUCAUGGAAAACGAUGCUUACACUCGGUGUCGGUACUCCGUCCAAUCGUGUUCGGCGUCAGUAUGGUCACUAUGGUGGUUAUGGUGCUACUGGAGUCAACACACAGAGCAGCGAAGAAGAAGAGGUGAUGUCUCCACGCGUUAUCAAGGGGCGUGAAUCACAGCCAGAAUUUAUUAUACCGAACAUAUGUCAAU